AUGAAAUUAACACCAAAGCACGACGUUGAACAUUUCAUCGAAACCAAUGGACCACCACUUCAUUGCCGUGCAUGUCCAAUCGCACCACACCGAUACGAGCAAGUUCGAAAGGAAUUCGGAAACAUGAUCGAGCAAGGAAUAUGCCGUCCAAGCAAAACCCUUUGGUCAUCACCACUUCACGUUGUACCGAAGAAGAAUGGAGAAUUACGAGUUUGUGAAGAUUACAGAAGACUGAAUUCUAUUACCACUCCUGACCGCUACCCAAUACCGCGGGUCAAGUAUUUCACUCAUAAACUGUCAGACAAGACUACAUUCUCCACUAUAGAUCUCAAACGAGCUUACGAACAAAUAAAAGUGCGCGACGAAGACAUAGAGAAGACAGCAAUAAUUACCCCAAUGGGAUUAUUCGAAUUUCUAAGAAUGACCCCAGGACUGAAGAACGCUGGUCAAACCUUUCAAAGAUUCAUACACGAAGUACUUGAUUGA